GGGAUAUAAAAAUGGAAACGUUUUUCUGAGGAGCAUCAGUUUCAUGCCAUCAUCAUUAUUGAAGUCACGUCUCUCUUUCAAAAAUUCAAUCUCUCGGUUAAAAAUGUUGAAGAUCGUUUGCUUGUUCGCUGUUCUGGCCGUGGCAACUGCUGAUGUGAGGCAAGUGCCAUCUAGCGCUAUCCCAAAUCGUCCUGGAGCUAUGGCAGUUCCGAUACAGCAUCCUCGAGUAUUAGUGCCGCCAAUGACAGGACACGAAAACGAGAAACCAGAAGCACCAGUAAGCAGCGACAUGCAGCAGUCACAAGAUGCCUCUGGUGACAUGGAUAAGGCCGAAACGUUUGGCUUCGGAUAUCACAAACAUUAUUACAUUGCACCACGAUACUAUGGAGCAUACUAUCCAUACUACGGACAUCAUUACGGAUAUCCUUACUACUACUGAAGCAUACUAUAAUUAUGAAUAAACUUAAAUUAUUUAUUAACAAUUUA